UACGUCAUAGUUACAAAGAAAGGUGUGGAGAUCUCGGGUUAUGAGAACACGCAGACAUUUACAGAAACCGAGGAAUGGAGGAAGCAGGAGUGUGUGAGAGCUCUCAGAAGAUUAUGCAGCUGAAAAUUUACUCCCAGUUCGGAUAUCCUGCGAAAACAAAAUUAGUAUCCUACACAAACAUGGAUGAUCACCUAGUGUUCUUCUGAUAUGAUAUCAAAGCCAUGGGGUUUACUAAAUUCCGGUGGAUCUGCACUUUUAUUGGACUGAUCUUCUCGGUGGUGGAUAUCGCAUCUGAUUUGCUGCUGAGCUUGCAGUAUUUCAGGGAAGGACACUACACCUGGUUUGCACUGACACUCUUAUUUGUUCUCGUCGGAUCACUGUGCACACAGAUUUUCAGCUACUGCUGGUUUAGGGAAGAUUCUAAUGGUGAGGAGGGGGCAGAAUCGCUCACGACUAGUAUCGGCUUGCUCCAUCUGUUACACUUGGGCUUCUUCACCAGGUAUUAUGAUCUGCUGAAGAAGAGCUUUAGUUGUGUAUGGAGGGCACACACCGGCAUGAGUACUGACAAGCUGUUUGGUUUUGCGGCUGAUCUGAGCAUGUUGCGGCUGAUGGAGACAUUUCUGGAGAGCGUUCCUCAGCUCCUCCUGCAGGCAUACAUCAUGCUGGAGCACCAACGUACCUCCAAGCUACAGUAUCUUAGCAUGGCCGUUUCCUUCCUAAAUGUAGCCUGGAGCACAGUGGACUACUGGCGCUGUUUACGCAGAUCGCUCCCCAACAUAGAUGAAAUGCCUGGUGGAAUUCCUACAGCCGUCUACCUGCUUUAUAAAACCUUAACCAUCACCGCCCGCAUUCUGAGUCUCGCUCUGAUUAUUAUGCUGAGCUACUGGAAUAUCCUGGUGUUAGGUUCCGUCUGGCUAGCAGGGACCGUAUGGGCUCAUAUGGUAAAAACUGAUUUCUGCACGUUCCGUUGUUUGGAGGAACUUUAUCGCAUGGUAGUUGGGGUCAUUCUUGUUUUCACCUUUUUCAACAUUAAAGGAAAGAAAACCAAAAAAGAGAUGAGCAUAUAUUACAUUUUCAGCACACUGCAUAACUUCUCAGCUCCCCUUUUUCUGUUCCUGUUCCUACCGAGGACUGUGGAAUCAGACUUCUUUUUACCAGUUACAGCUUUCAUAUUAACGUCUAAUACAAUAGGACUGGUAUUUCUGAUCCUCUACUACACCGCUUUACACCCAGGCAAUCAAGUCGAGUCAGAUGCAGUGGAUGGAAUGGUCACAAUGAACACAAAUAAUUCCUCUACUAAGAGUCGUUUUGACAGAUUUUUGAAACUCUAACACCUCACAGACUGAGUAUUUAUGACAAAGCUCUAUUUAAAGCCUCAGGGAAGCUAAAUUUCUUGGCGUUUUUUCUUAGUCUGAGAAAUAGUCAGACUUGCUAAUGUGUAUAAAACUUUUACCAGAAGUACUCUACUUUACAUGUGAAGCUGCUGGAGUCUCUCCCUCAGAGCUUUUAUCAAAAAUGUACAUUUCCUUUAAGGUAUUUUUGAACGUGUUUGUGUUUGAGUCUAGUGAGCAAAGCUAAUCUAGUGAAAACUAGAACAAAGCUAGCAAGUGAAAACUACUGUAAUUUAGCUAAUAAGCGCAAAUGUAGUAAGCAAAAGCAAACUAGUGAGCAAAAGCUACUUAUGCAACUUCAGAAGCAAAAGCAAACAUGUUGAAUGAAAGCAAGGGUAGUACAUAAAGGCAAAAUAUAAAGCAAAAGCAAACUCUGAAUUAAAGCUAUCCUCUUGAAUGCUGAGUAAUGAUAUAGCUAGCGAAAACUAACCUAGCAAGUAAGAGCAAAAAUAGUAAACAAAAGCAAACAAGUAAACCAAAGCUACCUCUGCAAGGUAAAGAUCCUGGGAGGUAAAGAAACCUCAGAACCUCAGCAAUAGCUGACUUUGUGAGUAAAAGCUAACCUCUUGACUGUUAAUGUAUAAUAAUGUUGGUUUGAGUGUUGCUAAAGACUAGGACAUCGUCAUUAUCGUCUUCGUCAUAAUCAUCAUCAUCAUCAUUAUCAUCAUCAUCAUCAUCAUCAUCAUCAUCAUCAUCAUCAUCAUCAUCAUCAUCAACAUUAUGAUGCAGAGAAAGUAAAACUUAACCUCCAACCCUGGAGUCUGGUUUAUUAUAGAAACAACCUAAUAUUUUCCAUUGUUUUCGCUACAAGUAAAUAUAAAGUUUCAUAUUAAUGUAUAUGAAUAUCAAAAGCAAUAUAAGCUAGAAAAGAUUCAUAUCAUCUUACUAGUUCCAGACUGUGUGAACUUAAACUUUAGUCCAGAACUAUUUACAGCUGUUUGUGGAAACUGUUUCUGCUGAUUUUGUAACCCAGAUAAAAGACUGAAAGCAACAUUGAAGCACUUUACUUAAAUCUGAACCUGAUCACUAACACACAUUUAUUGCUGUUGUAAUUGUAAUAGUUGAAUUUUUUUUUUUAAUCUAACAUUUUGAAAUAAUUCAGAAGAAUAAUUCACACAUCCGUUUAGCUCAUAUGAUAACAGGAAUAAAUGUAUUUAUUUUUACAUGGUGCGCUCUUGAUAUUAAAUGAAUAUAAUACAA